AUGGCCCCUAGAAUGAUUGUGGAUACCCUUCUGAAGAAUAACACCAUCUCUUUUAAUGAGUGCAUGAUCCAAGUCUUUUCACUACAUUUCUUUGGCUGCCAGGAGAUCUUGAUCCUUGUGCUGACGGCAGUUGACCGCUAUGUGGCCAUCUGUAAACCCCUGCACUACAUAAGCAUCAUGACCCAGCGGGUCUGCAGUGUGUUGAUAGCUAUAGCCUGGGCAGGGGCCUGUGUGCAUUCUUCAGUUCAGAUUUUUCUGACUUUGAGUUUACCUUUCUGUGGUCCCAAUGUGAUUGAUCACUAUUUAUGUGACUUUCGGCCCUUGUUGAAACUUGCCUGUACAGACACCUAUGUGACCAACCUGCUAUUGGUGCCCAAUAACCGGGCCCUUUGCAUAAUGACUUUUAUUAUGCAAACGUUCUUCUAUGUAAUCAUCCUGCAUUCCCUGAGAAACCACAGUGCUGAAGGGAGGAAAAAAGCCCUUUCCACUUGCAUCUCCCGUAUCAUUGUAGUCGUCUUGUUCUUUGUUCCCUGUGUAUUUAUAUACACAUGUCCCACAACUACCCUCCCCAUGGAUAAGAUGAUAACUGUGUUUUAUAGAAUUUGA